GAGGAGGAGGGAGCUCAGCUUCGGGCAGGUCGAGCUUUAAAGGGAGUGCAGGGAUUCCUGAGUCUCCGCUCGGCUGCUGCUCACUUCAGUUCCACCCGGCGCCCGCUUGGCUGCUCGCACUCAGACCUGGUGGCACAGAAGCCGGGCGGUGUGAGUAUCUCAUCUCGGCUUGGAAGCCGAAUGGCAUCCUAAGGCUGGCACAACUUUUGCACGCUAGAGGAGCAGGAACCCGGGGGGAGCAGGUUCGCAGAGACUUCAGAUGCUUGAAGAAAACAAGCCUGCCAGUGUCCUAGAGCUGAGAGCUUAUGAGAGAAAACAUCAUCUGUUCGUGUGUUCAGGUUCUUGGCCUCUUCCUGCUGGUGUCCAACACGCAGUAGAUUUUCCAAAUAGUGUUCAGCAGUUGACUCUGCAGUAGAACAGAUAGAAGAUGGAGGAAUCAUACAAAGACAGGACUUCAUUAGUGAAAGGGGCAAAAGAUAUUGCCAAAGAGGUAAAGAGGCAAGCAGUGAAAAAAGUCAAUAAAGCCGUUGACAAAGCUCAGGAUGGCUACACACAGAGGUCCUACAGUCGAUUCCAGGAUGAGGAAGAUGAUGAUGAUUACUAUGUCCAAGGAGGAAAUUAUGGUGCAGAAGCUAAUGAUGAUGAAGGAUCAAGUGAAGCAACUGAAGGGCAUGAUGAAGAUGAUGAAAUCUAUGAAGGGGAGUAUCAGGGAAUCCCCAACAUGGGGCAGGGCAAAGAUGGCAUGGUGGCCCUAGGGCAACCUGUGCGUGAUGAGUAUAAAGAUCGUCAUGAACUGGAAACAGAAAGGAAAGCAGAUGAAGAAGAACUAGCACAGCAGUAUGAACUGAUAAUACAAGAAUGUGGCCAUGGUCGAUUCCAGUGGGCCCUCUUUUUUGUUUUGGGAAUGGCUCUAAUGGCUGACGGGGUGGAAGUUUUUGUGGUUGGAUUUGUGUUGCCCAGUGCUGAGACAGAUAUGUGUAUACCCAAUUCUGGAUCAGGAUGGCUUGGUAGCAUAGUGUACCUUGGGAUGAUGGUGGGGGCAUUCUUCUGGGGAGGCUUGGCAGACAAGGUGGGAAGGAGACAGUCACUCCUGAUAUGCAUGUCUGUCAAUGGAUUCUUUGCCUUCCUUUCAUCAUUUGUCCAGGGGUAUGGCUUCUUCCUCUUCUGUCGUUUGUUUUCUGGAUUUGGGAUUGGUGGAGCUGUGCCAACAGUCUUCUCCUAUUUUUCGGAAGUGCUUGCUCGGGAGAAACGAGGUGAACACCUGAGUUGGCUCUGUAUGUUUUGGAUGAUUGGUGGUAUCUACGCUUCUGCAAUGGCUUGGGCAAUCAUUCCUCAUUAUGGAUGGAGCUUCAGCAUGGGAUCUGCUUAUCAGUUUCACAGCUGGCGAGUAUUUGUGAUCGUCUGUGCAUUGCCAUGCGUCUCCUCUGUGGUAGCCCUCACCUUCAUGCCAGAAAGUCCACGGUUCUUGUUGGAGAUUGGAAAACAUGAUGAAGCUUGGAUGAUACUCAAGCAAAUUCAUGACACAAACAUGCGAGCUCGUGGUCAGCCUGAGAAAGUCUUCACAGUUAACAGAAUUAAAACUCCAAAGCAGAUAGAUGAGCUCAUAGAAAUAGAGAGUGAUACAGGAACUUGGUACAGGAGGUGUUUUGUUAGAAUUCGCACAGAGCUAUAUGGUAUUUGGUUGACUUUCAUGAGAUGCUUCAACUACCCAGUGAAGGAUAAUACAAUCAAGCUCACAAUUGUGUGGUUCACCCUCUCUUUUGGCUACUAUGGCUUAUCUGUCUGGUUUCCUGAUGUCAUUAAACACCUUCAGUCAGACAAGUAUGCAUCUCAAGUGAAAGUCUUUCGCAACGAGGAGGUUUCAAAUUUUGUCUUCAACUUUACACUGAAAAAUCAAAUUCACAGCAGCGGAGAAUACGUCAAUGACAGGUUUGUUAUGAUGAAGUUUAAAUCGGUAACCUUUGAAGAUUCACUUUUUAAGAAUUGUGUGUUUGAAGACAUAACUUCUAUGAAUACAUACUUCAGGAACUGCACUUUUGUGAAUACCACCUUCUACAACACAGAUUUCGAGCAAUAUAAAUUUGUUGACAGUGAUUUUAUAAAUUGCACAUUUUUUCACAUCAGGACAGGAUGCCAGAUUUCUUUUGAUGACGACUAUAGUGCCUACUGGAUUUAUUUUGUUAAUUUUCUGGGAACGCUGGCAGUGUUACCAGGGAACAUUGUGUCUGCUCUUCUGAUGGACAGAAUUGGACGUUUAACAAUGCUAGGUGGUUCCAUGGUUCUCUCUGGCAUAAGCUGUUUUUUCCUGUGGUUUGGGACCAGUGAAUCCAUGAUGAUAGGUAUGCUGUGCCUCUACAAUGGCCUCACCAUCUCAGCCUGGAACUCUCUUGAUGUCAUUACUGUAGAGCUGUAUCCUACAGACAGGAGGGCAACCAGCUUUGGCUUUUUGAACGCACUAUGCAAAGCAGCAGCUGUACUUGGAAACUUGAUAUUUGGUUCCCUUGUUGGUAUCACCAAAGCAAUCCCUAUUCUCCUUGCUUCUACUGUUCUAGUAUGUGGAGGUCUGGUAGGACUUCGACUUCCUGACACAAGAACGCAGGUGUUGAUGUAACAGGAAAAAGCCAUUUACUGUUUCUUUCUUUCUUUCUACAAAUGUCAGCUCUCCUGUUUGGUGGUGCAAAGGCUUCAGAUUAUUAAUGCUUAGUUGAGUGUUCGGAUGGCAGAAACCAAACACAGGUGUGUGGAGUGGCAGAAAUCUAAAAAUGACUCUGAAAAUUUUAGAUUUCUCUUCCAUUUGCUUGCAUACUUUGCUAUUUAAAACCAUUUCACUUAACUUCAAACAGCAAGGCUACCUCCAAAAACACUUCCAAUGGCAUGUUCAGGAAGAUAAAAACCAUACUGAUAAUUUGAUACUUUAAAUGCAAGCAGUCAUAUUUCUUAAAAACACAUGCUAAAUUUGGCCUUGGCCCUAUUAUCUCUUGUAGCAGUGCAAGUCAGUUACUUAGCAGAGAAUCUUGUAUGUAUCAGUGCAUGCAGCAGUAAUGGGGAAUCUGUGCAGACUGCAUCAGUACAGAAAAUACUGACCUUCCAUAGCGAAGCUUACUAAUAAAAACUUCUACAUUUUAAACCAGAGGCCUGGACAAAAACGUCAGUGCCUCUUCACUGGGAAAUGGCUUUAGGUAGAUUCAAUCUAAAGCAAAGCUUACCAGCUACACCCCAUAUUUGUUGAGAAGAAGGCAACAGCUGUUGUGGGGAGAUGAAAGGCCCAACAUGAGGUAGGAUAAUGAGAUUAAUAAAAUAAGCACUUUCACUCUUCAGUGCUAGUCCUCCAGGAAAAAAAAAAAAAAAAGUUUUCUUCUAAUUUGUGGCAUCUGGAGUAUUUUUGUCAUUUUAAAACAGAGAACGUAUCUUAUUCCAGAUGGGAGUCAAUGCAAAAUACAGUAUUUACACUAUUGCAAGUAUGAAUCAAAGAAAAAUCAAGCCAAUGAACUGUAUAAAGAGCGAGAUGCUGUCAGAAAAGUUUGCUUGGUAUUUACAUUUUUGUUUGAAAUUUACACUUCAAAUACAAGUUUUGUCAGUGGAUACCACCUACUAAAUUUAAUCAGCUCAUAACUUCAGCAUAAUCUAAUUAAAAUUUCUCAAAACUUUUUUUUUUAUAUUAAAACAAAGAAAAGUAAUGAUAAAAACACCUGAAUUAAUUUCAUAGCUUAUACACUCCCUCAUGUAACCAUUUACUCAUGAUUUUUAAUAUCCUUGCGAUACAUUAGUGUAUAAUGCUAAUAGCUCUCUGAAAAGCCAUUAAGAAAAAAACAAUGUCAAGGCUGCAGGGAUUAUUCAUAAGACCAAAUGUAAGUAUGGCAAGUAAAUUGUAAUAAAUGACCUUCUUAUUAGGCAUAUGCUAUGAAUUGUUUCAGAUCGCAAUAAAACCAUCCCCAUCAGUUCUACUGCCCUGUAAAACACUAUCAGAUCUCUUUAAAAUGUUAGCAUUCAAACUUAAAUGUAGAUACAGUGGAUAAAGGGAGAAGACUCCCUUGAUUCCAGAAAUUGGCUUUGCUUUCAGUGAAACAAAGACCAUUUGUUCAGCUGAUGACCUAGCUAUAUUUUCAGUUUUCAAAGAAUAACUUUCAUAUACAUCAUAAGGGAAAAUUUAUCAGUGCUUUUUUUAAUUAUGUCUCACUGCUUUUAUUAGGUGACUGAAUAAUUGCCAAAGAAAUCAGGCUUUCAGAUAAGGUCUGUAUAGUAAGAUGGAUUUUUUUAUGAUUUUUUAUUUCUCUUGUGUGGGAAGUAGUAGCAUCUGUCCCUGCAUUUUGUCAAUUGUCAUCUUAGUUAUUUUGAAAAAGUAAGUAGAAGAUGGCCCAAACAAGGCCAUCCGUUACAUUUAAAGUUCACUGCUUGAUUUACUGAAUAUAGAGGUUUCAGUUUUGAACUAAUUCUUCUGCAUUGUAACACCAGAAAAUGAGCCCAAGAUGGGGUUUCUGCUGCUAACAAAUGAGUAAAGUGGCUGAAUUAAAAGAACAACAGUACCAAAAACUCAUGGCCAUUUUUUUGAUGUUGAUAAUUGUAUAGCAAAAAAAUUUAUUGUUUAUUUUACAAUAUAAACAGUCCAAACUUCCCAGAUAAAAUAUUUUAUAAUUAGGUCUUAUUUUAACAUAUAUUUUAAAUUUCUAAAAUAUAUUUCAGAAAGAGGAAGAGGAAUUAUUUUUCACCCAGUUCCACGGUAAGAAUAAAAUUCUGGCCUUAGAAUAGCAUCUGUGGCUUUUGUCCACUAGUCAGAAUCCUUAUAGUAUUUCAAGUCUAUCUUUCUUCACAAGAAUUAUACUUGCUUUUGGCUGUAUUUCUCUGUGCCAUUCAUUAGUUACUUGUGCCCACUUCCUUGUAUUUUCUCCACAUCUUAUUUGAAAUCUGAAGCCUCUGUUACAUGUCUGGAGUGAACCUCAACAGCAGUGAUAAAAAAUUACACUGUCUUGUUAUGCACUGUACUCUUCAAAUUCUAUCCAAUUCUGUAUGUAACACUGAAGAACAUCCAGACCAUGCCAUAUGAUCAUUGUGAAGGAAAUGGGCCAUAGGACGAUAAGAUUCAACUUUUGAGGGUUCUGGAUAAACGUUAAUGCACUAAAAUCUCAUCACUUUAGAAAUUAUGCUGUUUGCAGUGCUGGUUCUUGUCCUAAAUCUUGGCCACACAGUAAGUAUAUAAUUAAGCCUGAAUUUAGUGAAGUGAGAAGCCUGAGAUCCUGUUUAGAACAUAGAAAUAGCAGGGAUGAGUAAAAACAAAGAAAGUAACCAACACAUGGAACUUGCCUGGUCUGGGAUUAGAGGGAAUGAUCUGAAGUAGGAAAACGAAAAAGGAGAACAGUGUGUAGAAGAAAGGUGAAAAAGUAAGCAAAAGAGAAGAGCAAUGCAGAAGUCCACAGAUAUUUCCUACAUAUUCAACAAAAGCUAAAGCUAGAAAUCUUCCUAGCUGGUGAGCCAGUUGGCUCAACGUAUUUGAAACUGUGUGAGCCAGCAUGACAGCUGUUCGCACAGUUAAGUGGUUUGGUGUUGAAUGCAGUGAAGACCUAUCCCAUGAAGACAAAAGGAGGGAAUGCAACUUCAAACUAUUAGUACUUGGUUAAAUACUUAUAAUCCACAAUUUGGAAUGGAAAAAAAAAAAAAAAAGAUCCGGACACAAAUAUUACUUAGGUUAUACGCGGAAGUGGUUUCUCUCAUCUUUAAUGAAUUUGUCUUUUUUGCAGCUUCCAAAGUGAUCUCAGGUAAUAAAUAUUGGACAGUAUGAAUUUUGCUUCCUUUCUAACCCCAUUCAUCUAUAUCUCACGCAAAGAGUCACAUAGUGGUCAGUGUAGAUUCCUGAUGAACCUAUAAUUAAGAGGUCAUUUGCAUAUAUUUUCAAAAGAGAAUAAAAUAUACUGCCUUACAUGGCAACAAAACUGCUGCACACACACAGAAAAUCCAACUUAUCAGUGUUUGUUUAUCAGAGCUACCAGACAUACAUACGCUGCUUCUUUGUACAUUUUGGCUGAGUACAGACUCCUAACAAUGCAACUAGGAGUAUGUUCUUAUGGUCUUCUUCCCUCCUGCUUGAAUUUAGCUGAUGACCUUCCAAAGGUCUGUACUACAAUUCUAGCCAGAGAUAAAGCAUUAGACCUCCUUCCUGAUGGGUACACUAGUCCAUUAUCCUCCUAGAAAAGUAGAGCAUCGUAUGACUGCAAAGUCGGUUUUUGCUCUUUCUUCUUGUAUUAUUCCAUUCCUUUCAUCCCAAAUUGUUUUUCCUACCAGAGCACCAACUUUAAAGAACUAAAACCCACUGCUCAUGGCCUCACUCACUUCUGACUUUAUGGUAACAGUCAGUAAUGUGGUUUGACACACAGCUUUGGAAUUUUAAACCAAGAUGGAAAACAAAGUCCUUCAGACAAUCUCACUUUUUUGAAGGACCAAGACUACACAUUUCUCUACACAUCUAUCUGAGGCCUCUAGUAUAUAGUUACCUAUUGCAGGCCAGCAUCUCCGGAAAUGAUUCAACCUAGCAUCAAAUUGAAAAAACGGUCAGCCAGGCUCGUUUUGCCUUUUUCUUGUUUCUGAUGUGCUAAAUCACUGCAUUAAAGCAUGAAUGUGCGUGAAGAUCUAUGUAAUAAUCUUACAGUACUAGAGUAGUAUUAAAUAUUGAAGUAUCCUUCCUUUGCAGGAAGUAGCAGGAUAUUCACCAUGGCAACAAAAAUAAAGAAUGUAGGUAACAGUAACUGAUUUUUAAAAAUUUAGCAUUGCUUGGUUAAGCAUUAGAAGAAAUCAUAUGAGGCUGGUUUCAGCAUACAGACUAAUUGCAGGCUGAGAGAGAGUAAGUAAAAGUAAAAGAGACCUGCAGGCAGCUUUACCAGUAGGUGUUUUCUGCUUAAUUCAAGCCCUGAGUAGAGUUCCAGAUUUACUGACUGUGCUAAUUCCACAUCACCACUUGAUCCCUCUCUUGCUUCCAAACUGUACGCAAAAGCCUGCCUUUUCAUGCUGUGUUUUCUGAACUAAGAGCACUGAAGAGUAUUAAUUCAGGCAAAUACUCUGUAUUUUACAGUGAGGUUAAUGAACAAGAAGGCAGGAAAUGCAGAGGAAAAACAGUCUUUCAAACUUACUUGAUUCUGGAGUAUGAUUACUGAACAUAUGUUUUCUUUCAAGACUGUGGAGGAAAUGGAGCAUUUCUGUUUUCACUUCUUGUGUCUUUAACUCCCUGAUUGCAAGGAUUCAUUUUUAAUCUUCUGAUUGAAUUUUCAAUUACAUUUCCAGGUUACCAAGUAAGAAACAUGGCUUGUAGCUUGUACUAGCAUGAUAAUGUCUUGUUUAGGUAAAGAGAUAUGACUGGAUGUAAACAUCCCUCUCUGACUAAUGAAGAUCUUUUUAAAACUUAAUGAUGGGAUAAAGGGCUCAAGUCAAGCACACAGAGAAUGUAUAUACGGGGAACUGAGGGCUAUGCUGUAUUUCUAAGAACUGGAAUCAGAAGUAGUGCUUCAAGAGCAGGAGUAGACUCCAUCACUACUCCAUCACUAUAGAAAAAGAAAAAAUAAGAACAUAUUUCCUUAGCUAAGUGCACAAACAAGAAGAUUCUUCUGUAUUUCCACUCACUGCACUGCAAGAGCAGCAGGAGGUAAACAAGGUCCAUUCUGAGAGCACACUCUUCUUUCUAUUAGUUCUGUUCAUUUCCUCAUGCAAAACCCUUUACUUAUCCAUGCACAAUACUCAUCUUAGAUGCCAAUAUUCACCUCACUUGGACUUUAGCUUUCUGCCACUGGAGGAGAAAUGGUCUGAAAAGUAAGGUUUGACUUAGCUGUAGCCUUCCACCAGCCUCACUGUGCCAAACAGCGAGACCGUACAAAGGCACUGGUCUUGUUCCAGUGACUAGGAGAAACUCUCAGAUAUUUAAGAGCUUUGAGUUUUGUCUUAUUCAAAUAAAAGUCUUAACAAACUUAAUGGGGAUCUUAACAUGUUAACUUCUGUGUAACAUAUGAGAAAAUGUCUGUGUCUUUCUGUAGUGUAUGCUUUUCAUUGCUCCUGCAUACGUGCCUGAUGUUGUUAUAGUAAUGUGGUUAUUCUAUUGUUUACUGUUGUUCUUAUCAGCAAUCUUUGACCAGCCUGGAACAGAGCCAUUGCCAGGGUGUCUUUCAUUUAAUGAUUAACAUCCCCAGAGAUCUACUACAAUAGCAUUGCAGUAUAAAUUAAUUCCAGCUACAACCUGAGUAAAUCCAGGCUGAAAACUGCAGCAUAUGCACACACACACUGACACAGAGCAGUGAGAGCGGAGAGAGCUCUGUCAAAAGCUCUGUCAUACACUGCAGUACUCCUUGCCUGUUUUCAGAACUCUCACUCUGCCUUCUGCUUCUAUGCACGUGUUCUGUAGAGCUAAAAAACCUUUAGAGGAAAAUGAAUAUUCCUUUCAGAGGACUUAAAAAUGUGUAGUUGCCAUAGGGAAGCUGGCUGCUUUAGUAGUAAGAAAAAAACAGCACCGCUUCAAAAAGCGAACAUAUUAAAUACUUAAUUGUGUAUAUUGGCAUGUGGGAGUUUACGUUGAUGUAAGAGAAAUGAGUUCAUCUAGCCCUUUUUAAUAAACACACAUAAAACUAUUCAUGUUUUAAAAGCCUAGCUUUUCCCUGUGAGUGCAGUGUUUCCCCAAAAAUAACAGUCUUUUUAAUGGCAUCCAGUGGUGCAUGUCUAAUGUGUCAAACAACUAUUUCAGCCAUUUUUGAAAGAAUGUUAUAGUAAAAUUUCCCAUUAAAUCUUUCCAUUAAUGGAUGUACCGCUCUCAAGUGCUUAAAAUUGUGACAUCUAAAUUAUACCCCUUACGUGGUCUCAAACAUACACCAUUUUAUUCCACAUCUCCUUUUGAGAGUGCCGUUUUCUCUGCAGUAUAAUAACAUGGCAAAAGUCAGGCAUUAAAGAAGAGCUCUUUCACAUCGGUGCAACUUGUUGGCGUUGUAAGGUUAUUGAUUUUCUUUAAAACUUGUCAGCAUCCCCUAAUGUUGAAGAAGAGAAGGGAAAAAUGUAUUCUAUUUAUUUAUUUAUUUACUCGCUUAUUUAUUUGUGAGCUAUUUCCUCCUCCCAACUUCUCCUACCAACCUUUUACCCAAAUUGCCGUAUGGGAAUACAAUUUUUCAGGCUGUCUCUAUAGUACAAAAGAUCAGGUGUGCUAGUGUGCAUAUGUUGUCAAGAAAUUCAUAACCAUUUCUGACAUUCUCAAUUUCUUUACGUGAGAAAACAUGUAGAUAUUGUAUAUGCGGUAGUGGGGCAUUUUGAAGUUGAAUUCCCAUUUGUACGUGUUUAAUUUCAGAUGUACUGAUUUACAACAAGAUCUUGGCAAUGGUCCUGGCCUCUCUGGUUCUUAAUUUCUUUUUUCUUUCCUGCUAUGUGUGAUCUUCUGUGAUGCAGGUUACAGUCAUCACUAUUGUAUAUAUGUGUUUGCAUGUGUGCGCAUUGAUAAACUCUCUUUUGGAGUUCCAAAUCUUUCCUUUUAAGUCCAGCUGGUACACUUGUGAACUCAUCUUUCCGGUAUACUCCUCUGUGUCAGAUCGCCAACUACCAAAAUGUUUGACCAAGUGUUUUUAUUAAGUACACUGAGGAAAGUUGUAUGUAUACUUGUGAAAGGGCAUGCUGUGUAGCAUGACUGUGUACAGUAUAAAUCUAUAAAAUGUGGAAGUGUUUAUAAAUUUAUCUGCCAAAUAUUUAUCAUCCAUGUAACAAAUGCAAAGUUAUUUAGUGUACAUCAGAUUAAUAAAGGGGCAUUUUUUGCUCUACUAUAUUCAAAUAAAGAUUUGUUCUCUGCA